CGGUGCGAGCCUUCAAAAGGCCUCGAGCGGCUGAAGGCCACGUCAUUUCGCCAGACCCCGCUGCUCCGUCUAGACCACAGCUCUGUCAGAUGGCCUACUAGCCUGUGUUUUAUUGGCAAGUCGUUAGAGUUCGAGUUGAGUGCCGCGGUCCAGUACAAAAUAUCAAGACUGUGAUCAUAAUAUAUAGAGUAUAGUGUCUCUGUACAAAGUUCCUAUAGAUCGUAUUUAUAUAUAUAUAUAUAUAUUAUUUUAUAUAAAUAAGGGCCAAAGGCUGUUUUGUAAUUUUUAUAACGGUUAUUCGAGUAUAAGAAUGGUUGAAAGAAUUUUGGAAGAAUUAAAAAGUGAAGAGCCCAUCCCUUCAAUUGAAGAGGGCAGGCCAAGCGUCCUCCGGGACAAGACCAACGAAGUCCUGGAGGAGCGAAAGGCAGCAGCUAAAAGGCAGCGGCGCCGGAAGAAGACCACUGCCUCGCUUGUAACUUCCUGUUUUCAGGAUCUCUACAGGCUGAAAGGGGAAGUCCUGGGAGCUGGUGCUUAUGCUUCCGUUCAAACAUGCGUGAACGUUCUUACAGAAGUAGAGUUUGCGGUGAAAAUGAUUGACAAGAUACCAGGGCACCCCAGGGCCAGGGUCUUCAGGGAAGUGGAGACAUUCCAUCAUUGCUCGGGUCACCCGAACAUUAUUCAACUCCUUGAAAUGUUUGAGGAUGAUCAGAGGUUCUACCUUGUAUUUGAGAAAGUUGAGGGUGGUCAGCUGCUGUCCCGAAUACAGGAGAGAGUUCGGUUUACUGAAAGAGAAGCUGCAAUGAUUGUUCGAGACCUUGCCAACGCUCUCUCCUUUCUCCAUGCAAAAGGCAUAGCUCACAGGGAUUUAAAGCCAGAAAAUAUUCUGUGCCAAUAUAAGGAUAGACUGACACCUGUAAAGCUAUGUGAUUUUGAUCUUGGCUCCGGAAUCAAGUUCAACACCUCACUCUCGUCUCCUCUUGCUACACCUCAACUCCUCACACCAGUUGGAUCAGCUGAGUUCAUGGCACCCGAAGUGGUAUCAGCAUUUACCUCUGCAACGGCGGCAGCUUAUGAUAAAAGGUGUGACUUGUGGUCUUUAGGUGUUGUGGUUUACAUACUACUGUGUGGCUAUCCACCAUUCUGGGGUUCUUGUGGUUCACCAGACUGUCGAUGGGAAGCCGGUGAAACGUGUCACCUAUGCCAGGCAUCGCUCUUCCAGUCCAUACUGGAAGGUCGUUUGGAGUUUCCAGCUGGUGAAUGGGCAACUGUGUCGGCUGAAGCAAUUGACCUGAUCCGCCAGCUCCUGGUCAAGGAGGCUGCGGUUCGACUGACAGCUGCCCAAGUCCUGGCCCACCCGUGGCUGCGACAGGCCACUGAGGACAGAGAACUGCCUACUCCUGCCGUGAUCAGAAGGAACAACUCUGCAAGAGACCUGUCUUCAUAUGCUGAAUCGGCUAUGUCUGUGAAACGGGUAAUAUUGCAGCACUUCUCAAUCUGUGGUGACGGAGGCAGUGGCUACAGUGAGAUUGAGGAGGGCUCCUCACCUCUUGGCCUCUCUCCGCCUUCAGAAUCCAAGCUGGUGAGGAGAAGGGCAGCUAAAUCCAUCGCCAGUCCAACUGGAUGAAAGGGAUUCAACUCUUGAGGAAAUGGUCAAGCCACCCACACUAUCUCCAAAAAAAAAAAAAAAAAAAAUAUCUUGUGAAAACUUUUAUGUUUCACAUUUUAUUUUGAUUCCAGUAAAUGUUAUUUUUUAUAAUUUGUGUUUGUUUUUUUUUCUGUUAUUUUUCUUUAUUUCUUUUGAAAAUGUGCCUUCCUUUCAAAAAUGUUUUCAUUAAACUUUUUACUUUGUUUGGAACCAAUGAAAUGUGAAGAGAUAUUCAAACUUAUUAUUCUCUGAUCGAUGAAAACAUAUCAGUUUUAUUUUUUUGGAUUACUUCAUAAACCCAAGAAAUUGUGUUUAUCCAAUAGUACUGUUUGAAAAACCAAUCAUCUUAUGUUAUUCUGCAUUGAUGUAAUAUUAUUAUUAUUUAUUAAGAUCUUCUCUACUGAUUGGUUUAUUGUUUAUUUGAAAAUUUACCAAAAAAUAUUUAAAGCAUUGUGAUUGAGAUCAGCUCGGAAAUAAACUAUGAGGUUUUAAAAUCCGAUUCUGGCACAAAAUUGCUGCUGGUAAAUAUAAAUUGAAUUCUGUUUAAUCGUUAAAAUUAAUAUGCUGUUAUUUUGUGAUCUUAAGUUUGUUAAAUAAUUUUGGAUUUUUAAUGAUUUAUUAUUAUAAUCUCAUAUCAGUCUUUGUGAAAAUACUUAUAUAUUGUUGAGUUAGUUGUAUAGCAGCGUAUUAUGUACUAUUGACUGUGAUCAUCAAAAUUAAUUUUUAAUUUCUAGUCUUCCUAGGUUUUGGUUUUAAAUCUGUCAAAAAAGAUUAUAUAAAAAUUUUAUUAAAAAUUUAUUAAUAUACUUAUAUAUUAUAGUUCUACUUAAAAUUGUGAUAGCAUUGUGCUCCGUUUGGAUCUAGUUAUAUGUUUACAGCUUAGCUACUGUGUUCAUGUUCGGUUUAUUAAUAAUUUGAAAACUGAAAAGUUUAUUAUGAAUAAUCCUAUAAAUUAUCUAUCCUGUGCCUAGAAUCGGGAAUAGUGGAUGUAAACAACUCUUCAAUCUUAGCUUAUAGCCGGUCAGAGAUUUGAAAAUAAAGUAAAUCUGGUUAAUGCCAUUUUUGUAUUAAUAAAAUGGUUUUUUUUUUUUUUUUUUUUUUUGUUAGAGCCUCCUAUCUCCUUCAUUUCUGUUCUUCAGAAAUAUUGAAUUUUAUGGGAAACUUACUAUAAAAUUUUAGUUAUUACGAAUUUACCAAAUUAAAAAGAAUAUAAACAAAUAAUUUUAGAAACGGCUGUGUAAUUCAUUAGAUGAAAGUGGUCUUAUAGUUUAUUUUUUUAAAGCUGAAUUUAUGCACUUGAUCAAUAAAUUAUCUAAAAUCGAAAACAUGGCUAGUCAAAGAUAAAAAUUAUGACAUUUUUAGUGAAAAUCUAACAGCUUAAUGACUAUAGAUUAUCGUGUAUCUCAACUUUUUAAAAAUAAUUUCUGUUGACCUGCUUAUAAAGCACUUUUAUUUUGUUACCAUUUCAAAUUUCUAUUAUAUGUUCCAAUCAAACGAUUUAGUGUUUCGUUUUUUUUAUCCCUGAUUUAGUUUUAAUAUUGUAAUAUUUAAAAUAUGAGAAAAAAAAACUUCAAUCACUUAUAAAGGCCACACUCUAAUAUGUAUUAAUUUGUAUAUGCAUGUAGGAAAUGUGGAUGACAUUCUUAGGAUUGUUGUACUUUUUCUACUGUAUUAAUAUAAUAUUGUUUAAAUAAUACAAUGAAUUAUUGUUUCUUGUUUAAUAAUUAAGACUGACUAUCAAUUUAGAAGAUUAUUGCCCUUAAAAAGGUUUUUAUAGUUGAUUAGUUUGUAAUGGUACUAAGCUUUUCUACAGUACUUGAGUAUGUAGUUAGCUAUGUUGAUGUCAGUUGUAACUAAAUUAGGCUUAGGAGAUAGGAGGUAAUUAUAUUUUUGAUGUAUCUAUCGAAGGGUGGUCCUAUCGAUGUCGAAUGAAAGGGGGAUUUUUUGUAUUUUUCUAAUGUAUGUAAAUAUCAAAAGGAUGUAUAAAUUAGGCAUUUAAUGUUGAAAGAUUUGUCAUAAAUACAAAGGAGUAUAUCGUUUAAACAAGUAAUUGACAGAGAAGCUCAGUAAUGACUGAUUACUAGAGAAUGGUAUAAGUAAUUCAUCCUCAAUAUGUUUGGUUUAAGAAGGAAGAAAACUCGAUAAGUAUUACAGAUCCCCCUCAGAAGAAAUUAAGAGUAUUUAGAAAUUAAUUGUACUCCUGCACAGAUAAUAAGAUUGUAAACUUUUAACAGGCAAUACUUAGCUGCUCAAGUAUAUUGUCGGUUCAGCUUCAUUUUUUAUUUAAUUAAUGUAUGUAUUUAAAGUAAAUCAGCAGGAACCUUCUAUGUUGCAUAAUAGAAGAGGAUAACUUUUAUCUUAUUACUUUUACCAUGUUUGAUUUAUAUAAUAGGGUAACACUGUUAAUAAUAAGUGUUAAUAUCAUUAAAAGGAUAUUAGUUGGUAUUAACUCAGGUCUCAGGUGCAUCAUCCAAAGGAAUCAUAUUGUAAAACGAGGGGAUAUUUCUUUUUUUAUGGUUAUUAAUUUUCUUCCACAACACUAUUUCUGUCUGUGUUAUUUUCAUGAAACCAGUAAAAAGAAAGCUAUUAUUUUUAUCAACUUGUUUAUUUUAUUCAACCUUUCCCUUUAAUUGAAUAAAUCAUUUUGUGUUAACAUGAUCCAUGUACAAGUAUAGUUCAGGUAAGACAAUAAAAGAUGAGUUGGAUACAAAGAUUAGUAAUCCUGAGCGUAGCUAAUUGUUACAACUCAACUGGGUCUACAUCGAAUUCAGUUGGUCAAAUUUUGUUUAAAUAAAAUUCCUUGUUUUUCUGAUUUUACUUUCCUUUAUGUGAAAUAUACAAUAAGGAAAAGUAUUGUGAUUGUGAAAAAUUUCUAAUUUAGGUAUUCAACUGAAAUAUAAGUUUUGAGGGCCCCUGAGUCCAAAAAUACAAGUUUCGCAAA